UGCCUCCGCUCUGGAAACCUGUCGAGGAAAGGAGCUACUGCUACCACAGGUUCAUUUGCAUAGCACCGCCCACUUCGACUUCAGAUUGGCCAGUUUACGCUGCCGACUCGCAGCGGAGGCUCCGCUCCCCUCCGCCUAAACUAGCGUCUGUUCCCGCUUGUUUGGCUGCCGAGACAGCUUACUUGGAGCCGAGCGAGCGACUGUUGGAAGAGCAGCGGGGAAAAGAAGGCGACUUGCGAAGGCAGACGGUGGGGGCCGAAGAAGCGCGGUCGCUACUGAGAAGUAAACUAGGAUACUUGGAGCAGAAGGAGAAACGAGCAGGGAGCGAGCGACCGAACGAACUUAGUUGGCAGGCAAGUCGGUGCUUCAGAGGGGAGGCAGAGGAGGGUUGCUGCCAGUGACGGUUUCCCUGAGGGAGUUGAUGACAGACGGUUGGUUCCCAGCAGCUGCAGACGCCACCGCCUCACGACCCUCCCCCCCCGUUCCUCGCGCGCGGGCAAGCGUGAAGGCCCCCCCCCGGCGGCUCGUAGAGUUCUUAACAGUGGCUUAACGGCGGUGGCGGAGAAGGUUGGUUGUAAACUGCUUACAACAGCUAUGACACCUGCUCUCCAAGAGAAAGCAAUGAAAGGCCACGGUAUCUGCUUAUCACCUUCCUUGUCUUCAAGAGCUAUGGAGUCCAAUGAAACACUAGGCAUGGAAAGUACCAGAGCAGUAAAAGAGAAGAUAAAGGAUGGCUCUGUCACAAAAAUUACUUGUUCUGUGGUGGGGUUUUCCAUCCCUCAGGCCAAUCAUAGCACUGAUUGUUUUAACUCGAAGUGCUUUGGUUCUCAAUCUUCUAAACGUUAUCCAUUAUUAAUGACCCCCAAUUCUACUUUCCAUGUAAACAAUAAAAAUUGUAUGCAGAGGAACUCAGAAGAGCGCUCCAAGCUGAGAAAUCCUUUAUGUAACAGCACUAAUACACACUUCAGUGAAAUUAUUAAUUCAGAAUCUGAGGAGCAUGUCAGAGGGGAAACUUUAUUAGGAGCAGCAAAGAACUUAUCAGAAAUGGGGAAACUAUUUGAUUCAUGUUUAACUGAAUUCACUAAUAUAGAAGAAAGGCUUCCUAACUGUAAAGGGCAUCAGAAAAAUGGCUUUCUUGGCAAGGCCUUAUUUCUUAAUCCUGAGACAAAAAAAGGAGACUUAUUCCAUCAAGUGUGCAAUGAUGCCCUGGAACCAAACAUGAACUGCAGUCCUCAUGCUAAAGAACAGGAAUUGAAUUUUCAUUUACUUCAGUGUGUAAGCAAGCAACAGGUUUUGCUCAGCCAGGCCAAAAGAACUGGGAAACGUUUGCAAAUGCUCCUAGCGAAGCAUGUUGUCAAACACUGUGACCAGCAGAUGAAAUGCUUUGUGAGACAUCAACUACAGAGAAUGAAAACUUUUCACGAUCCAACUGGUGUUUUGGGUGGCAGCUAUCACAGGUGCACCAAAAUUAAAAUCGAAAAUAAUAUAGAGGCUAAUACAAGUAAAGAUAGACAGCAUGAUUUUGAUAUUUCAUCUGAUGAAAUCAAGGUGUUUGCUCACUCUGCAGCUGGACUACUAUCUCAAGUGGAGGAGAGUUUGGAUUCUGAGGCCACUUGUAGCUCAAGUGAAGAUGAUGAUGAGCAGAUUUCUAGAAAACCUGUGUCAAUUAACUGUAGAUCUGACUGGAAAUGGCUGGUAGACAGAGCUAAAGUUGGCUGCCGCUGGACAUGGCUUCAAGCCCAGAUCUCGGAGCUAGAAUACAAAAUCCAGCAACUCACUGACCUUCACAGGCAGAUUCGUGCCACCAAGGGAAUGGUGAUUUUAGAAGAAUUUCCAAAUCCAAAGGACAUCUUGAGGAAGCGAACACAACUGGUAGACCAUGAAGCUUUAUUAAACACCACAGGGAAUUCACAGGCUCCCCUUGAAAAGCAGGAUGCGUGGCCGGAACAUGAUUUUGAAAUGUCACCCAGCAGUCCGACUCUGCUUCUCCGUAACAUAGAAAAACAGAGUGCUCAACUGAGUGAAAUAAUCAGCAGUCUGAUUACUCCCCUCAAUCUAUCUCCCACAUCCUCUCCUCUUUCCUCAAAGUCCUAUAAGCAGAAGGAGUUGGCCAAUGGCAUUUCUAUGAGGGAUUCAGAGAACAAUGAGGAAAUUUCAUGUUCCAGUAAUUGGUUGGUUGACCAGCAACACCUGAAGAAGAGGAGGAAAGAGAAGGCAAAGCUGAGAACGUCAUCUGUUGCCAUGAUGUGCACAUCUGCUCGCACCAGACCACUUCAGAGUUUUCAAAGGAGAAAGCUGUACAAAAUGAGCACUGCUUUCAGUUCAAACCUGCAGGCUAUGCAACUGAGAGAUGCCUUGUUUAACACCUUGGAAGAGGUGGUUCCAGCUUCUACACGGAGUAGGUAUGAAUUAAGCACCAAGCCGAGGACACAAAAAGAACUCAUGUUAGAACUGGACACCUCAUUCCAUCCCAUCUUAUCAUUUCCUUCAGAUAUUCCUAUUCAUAAGCACUUUAAAACACUACUCAAGAAGUAUAUCAAAGGUGAACCUGCCCUUGGUUUAGAGUUUAAAAUGUCUCCAUCAAAUGAAUAUUUUCAGUAUAAAGCUGCUCCUUGGCAGUGGAUCUGUGGAUCUGAAUCUAGUUCCAAACAUCAGCUGAUGUCAGAAAUAUCCAAACAGCUACCAGAAGGAAGAAAGAAAAGACAUUUAAGUGAGACAGUGAUUGGAGAAAGUAACAAUAGAUGUGAAGCUUUUUCCUUUCACCAUGAAGAACCUGAAUCCCAUAGUCCUUUUACAGGAGCAGCCAAUGGUGAUAUGACGUCUAGAUCAAGUCACAGUAUCUCAACACAGCUCAAUUCAAGACGGAGACUGAGAAGUGAGAGCUCCUAUGAUAUAGAUAAUAUUGUUAUUCCUAUGUCGCUGGUUGCACCAUCUAAGUUGGAGAAACUACAGUGUAAAGAAAUUCUCACUCCAAGCUGGAGAAUUGUUCACCUCGAGCCUUUGGGAAGUCUGCACGAAUAUGAAGAAAAGGCCGAAGGUCUUUCAGAUGAUAUCUAUGCUGCACGUCAUGCAAAAUAUGAAGACAAAGAGAGAGCACGGUGGUCACUGUGGGAACAAUGCCGAUGGCCCAGAAGGAACAGAACAUAUAGCAGAAGUUCUGAAGGACAAGAUCCAGCACUGAAAGAAAAACAAGUCAACUCUGACUUAACAUCUCAUUUUUCUGAAACCAUUGCUGACAUAACUUCAGAAAUCUACAGUUCUCUCUACUUGAGGGAGUCACACUCUUCAGAAAUAAUCCAAGAAGCAAGGUCUGUUAUUUGGGAACAUCGAGUUUUUCCACUAAUGGAUAAAGAAGCAGAAGCUUUAAUGUGCCAAGAUCAGAUAACAGUUCAGCAAGCAAGUUCAAAUGUGGCCAUCCACAGUGCCUCUGACUGUACCUCAUAUGCUGCCUUCAGUUUGCCAAAUAACCAGCCACAAAAGAAAAGCUGUGCCAAUGAGCUGGAAGACGGCAACCAUGUUUACUUGGGAAUUGGCAGCUUGAAAAAACAGAGGUGACAGAAAAUAAUGUGGUUCAUCAAGGAAGCCAACCAAAGUGAAGUGAUGUGUAAGUUUUGACAGGCAGGAUAAGAGCUGAAGAGUAGUUUCUUUUUAUCUGAACAAUGAGAAGACUGCUUUUAGUCUGGAUGUUUAACACCUUUGAUGUCAAAAGUGGAAGCUCUUAACUGCAACCACCAGUUGCCAACACAUCUGAGACUGAAAAUAUUAUUUUAAAUGUAUGUAUGAUUCCUGUGCAGCAAAAUGUGUUGUUUUUUUUACUUAGCAGUGCUGAAAUUUCAACUGAAGACAAAUAGCUACCCAACAAGUAGUUGCUUUUGUGAGUAGCAGGAGCAUACAAGUCUACUGUUUUGCCCAGUGAUGCAUCAACCAUUGUAAAUGUGAUGGUUACUCAACUCGCUAGAGAAAAGCCAAAAGUUUCUUUACAUGAAGUAAAAUGAAUUUCUGUAAUUGAUUUCCUGGAUUUCACAAUGGAUCUUUUUCAUUUUUGAGUAAAAGGAAUGGAAAGGACUAAGAAUGUGGAAUACUACACUGGAACUAUUUACCAUUUUUGCUACAGCUUUAAACAAGUUUACUAUGACUUUGUCUAGCCUACAAAAACUGUCUACUAUAUUACAUUUAAGCAGAUUUAUGAGUAUGCAAUCCAUACCUUGCAGCAUUUAUAUAGGAAUAUAGACAUUUAACUAAUUUUAGUAUUACAAACAAGGCAAUAGAUACUGAGAGAAAACCAAAUUAUUUUCAUAUUCAAAUUCUUUAAUGCUGUGUUUAGAAUGUUAUCUGCAUUCUCCAGUGAUGCUAGGUGUUCAAAAGUAAUACAGGCUUGCCACCCACAUUCAGUGAUGCUAAUUCAUUAUGAUAGUAUACUGUGAAAGAAGAUGGAUCUUCUGUCAGGAACUGUUGAAGGCUGUAAGGAAAGCAUCAUUGUUAAGCAAGCUUCAGUGUCUUGUCCAGAACUAAGCUAGUUAGCUGGUAGACAGUCCAGUUUUAGCACUCCCCCCCUCCCGGACUGGAAGUACACUGGAUAUUGUAAAAAUGUUCAGCUGCAUUUCUACGUUACAGACUGUUAGAUUGUAGCUUCGUGCAAAUUUUGGUUUUAACUUUUUAAAACAUUUUUUGUCCUGAAAAUUAAAACUUUUAAUCUUGCCUCUGACAUAGCCAUUUUCAAUGCAAGGUUUUAAAAUUAAAAAUUAUUUCUGUACACUACAGUGUGAUGUUGAUGGAUUGAGAUGCUUAAUGGAGAGCUGAACCAUGUAAAGUGGUACCCCUUUAGGAGCUCAGACUUUGUAUAUAAAACCACAAAUUAUGAUUAUGGCAUGAUAUUGUUGGCUUGGCCCCAGAUAUUAACAUAAUGUAUAAUAGACCAUGAGAUGGCCAGCCCCUCUGGUUUCUCUUCUGAUCUUCUUCCAGGGCCUGGGUCCUUUGUAGCAGUGUGGGAGAAACUGCAGCUCCUUGAUUAAAAAGUGGCAGUUCCUUCAUGUUUUGCCUUUAAAAACGAUUCAAGCGAUUUGAUUAUUGCAAGACAAUAGAAAUAAUAUAUAUAGGAAACACCCUAGGGAAUAAAUUAGCCAGUUUGACUUUAUUGUUGUCAUUCCUCAUUCCCAACCUGAUACAAGUAUCUUGAGAUCAUAUACCUGUACUGCUGCUAGCCAACAGUAGACUUUCCUUUUCCUGGGUAUAGCUUUUGUCUCCCAAUUCUUUUCUAAUGCUUAAAUUGCAACACCUUUAUAAAAUUAGUACACUUAGGACCUGGCCAGAACUCUGUUCUUAAACGAGAACAAAAAACAUGAGGAUCAAAGGUGUGUGUGUGUGUGCUUAAAUAAAAGAAAUUUAUUUGGUUCACUCUAAGGUCUUGCUAAAUCCAACUUCUUUUUCUCUCUAAAAUAAACAGAACUGGCCCGCAA